AUGCCAAGUUCCACAAUGAGAUUACUUCAUUUCAACAACUUGAUGAAGAAUCUUUAUGAGGCAUGGGAGCAAUUUAAGGAGUUGUUGCGCAAAUGCCCUCACCAUGGCAUUCCACAUUGCAUUCAGAUGGAGACUUUCUAUAACGAUCUCAACGCUCAUAAUAGAAUGGUCGUUGAUGCUACAGCGAACAGGGCUCUUCUUGCUAAGUCCUAUGAUGAGGCAUAUGAAAUCCUUGAGAGAAUAUCCAACAACAACUAUCAAUGGCCCACUUCUAGAUUGUCUACAGGUAGAAAUGUGGUUGGUAUUCAUGAUGUAGAUGCCAUCACUUCUUUGGCAGCCCAAGUGUCCUCUAUUUCUAAUAUGCUCAAGACAAUGAAUAUGGAGAUGAAUCAAUCAAUGGGGCAGCCUAUGGGGACACAAAUGGGGCACAUGGAGAGCAUUUCUUGUGUGUAUUAUGGUGAGGGUCAUACUUUUGACAACUGUCAUUCGAAUCCAGCAGCUGUGUGUUAUAUGGGGAACAAAAAUACAAAUGGUCCUUAUUCUAAUUCAUACAACCCAUCUUGGAGGCAACAUCCCAAUUUUUCAAGGAGUAAUCAAGGGGCUGGCCCUAGCAAUCCUUCUAUGCCUCCAAGACCAAAUUUUCCAUCAGUGAAGAAUGAAGCCAUGAUUCAAAGCCAAGCGGCUUCAUUGAGGAACUUAGAAAACCAAGUUGGGCAACUAGCUAUUGAGCUUAGAAAUAGACCCCAUGGUACAUUGCCAAGUGAUACCAAGAAUCCAAGGAAUGUGGGCAAGAAACAUUGUAAAGCCGUCACUUUUAGGAGUGGGAAAGUGUUGGAGAAGGACAAGACCAAUUUUGGGCAUGAGGUUGAUGUUAGGAGUGUGUCCUAA